UUCUCAACUUCCUCACCAACAGCACUCAACCCCUAUCACAAUGAAGGUUCAGUCCAUUGCGCUGGCACUUGCCACUGUCCUGAGCACUGCUGCCGCUCAGAGCAUGACAGGCCUUCCUGAUUGCGCGAAAACUUGUGCAACCGGAGCAAUCCCCUCCAAGUGCAACAUGAUUGAUGUCGAAUGCAUUUGCGGCACCAAGACUUUCAUUACCGACAUAUCCUGCUGUGUCGCGAAGAAAUGCUCGGCCUCAGACCAAAAAGCUGCUCUCGAAUUCGCACAAGAGAUCUGUAGCGGCGCCGGAGUCACAGAUCUCCCUUCUAGCGCUACCUGUGAAAACAGCACCUCUACCACUGCUGCCGCCACCACCUCAACUACGACCACUACCAACAGCCAGACUUCAGAUGAGAGCACCUCGACCAAGUCCUCGACGGAAACCGAGACCGGUUCUACCGCUACAUCAACCACUGCGUCUGGGACCGCGUCCGAGACCACCGCAAGCACGCAGACUGCUUCUGCCUCUGCUUCUGCCACUCAUACCGGCGGCGCGGCAGUCAUCCUUGGCAAAGACAUGGGUGUCCUGGCAGGUGUUGCCGCGGGUGUUGCAUUCUUUAUGUAAAGAAACAACGGAUUGUUUGUCGUCAACGAUUAAUUUGGAGUUGAAGAACGUCGACAUGUUAUGUGGUGGUAUGUUUUGAUUAGGUUAUGAAACAAAAACAAUCCCACUAAUUAUAUUGGAUAAAUUACUGCGCUUGGAUUUGCGAUUUUUCUUCCUUUUCUGCACACGGGUUGUCUUGAUAGCAAACUGGACCGGGAGGUAAUCCCCGUAAUCUAAUAAGAUCUCACAUUGACGAUUAGCACUCGCUCUACUUUCCUCUAUAGCUUUUAAUGGAGAAGAACAGCCGGAUCCAUCCACGUAACGAAGGAAGCGAAAUCACCGAUCAUGUUCACGUUCACGCUCCGCAAACUUCGUCGCAAUUUCCUGUCUCUCCUCGCGGAGUGUAAGAAAAAUCCAAAGCCAAAACAUCAUCUCCAUAAAU